CCACUCUAGAAUUUGAUAUUUUAUUUUUGCCACUCUUAGUUUUUGACAAUAUAUCAUUUUUGCCAUUCUGUGGCAAAAGUAAAAAAAAUUAGAGUGGCAAUUGUGAUACAUGUCAAAAGCUAAGAGUGGUAAAAGUGAAAUGAAAAAUUAUCGUUUUUGCCACGAAAUGUCAUUUGUGAUGUAUUGUCAAAAGCUAAAAUUGGCAAAAGUGAGAUGUCAAAUUCUAAAGUGGUAUAAGCAAAGUUGACAAAAAUUUCCCAUUUUAAAACCUCUCGCCGGAUCCACGCCAACUGAACCUCGCAACCGCCAGCGUUUUUAUACCCGCCGUCGCCUUCCCUCCUCCUCGGCCAAAAGACAUCAGCCACACUUCGCAGGAGCCGCCGCCGCCAUGGGCAACCUGGUGUCGGCGAGCGCGGCGGGCGGCGGGAAGAUCGUGCUGCCGGACGGGAGCGUCCGGGCGCUGGGCGAGCCCGUGUCCGUGGCCGAGCUCAUGGUGGAGCACCCGCGCCACUUCGUGGUGGACGCGCGCCUCGCGGCGUCCGGCGGAGGGGCCAAGGUCGCCGCGCUGCCGGCCGACCACCUGCUGGACGGUGCCGGGGUGUACGUCGUGCUCCCGGCCACCCGGGGCAGGGUCUCCGCCGGCGAGGCCCGGCGAGCGCUCGCCGCGUCGCGGCUGCUUGCGCGGUGCCGGUCGAUGCCGGUCAGCGCACAGGAGCAGCGGGACGAGGCUGGGCCGUUGCUGGGCGGGGCCGGCGACCACCAGCCGGAGUUCCUGAGCCAGGAGCUGAUGCGCGGCGGGCCUUGGAAGCCCAGCUUGAGGACGAUCGAAGAGCGCGUGCUGCCGAGGAAGGUGCCUCACUGGCUCUUCUGACGCCGAUCGACUCGUGCAACUGCAAACGGAUGUGAUCUUGUUUAAAAAUAAAAAGUUGGCAUGUGAUUAGAGACUUUCUCUG